AUGAUCGUCUUCAGCGCUGGCGCCAUGACCCCCGAUCUCCGAACUAAGGUUGUAAGUGCAGGUCUGCAGAACAUUUGCGACCUCAUUUUGGUGGUUUACAACAAGAAUGACUUCAAGAAGGAGGAUCGGCAGUAUGCCUACAAUCAGGCCUCAGCAAUCUCCGAGAUGCUAAGAUGGUUCAAUUUAGACCCGCCGCCAUUUACGUACGAAUUACACAAACACACGGACCUUGAGGAUCGUUACACGGUGGGUACCUUUUCCCUCUUCACAUUCUUGGCAUAUCAACCCUUGUAA